CAUGUCAGUGCCCUGCCUGACUUGUUCCUCCUCCCACAUGGGCUCCACAUGUCAGUGAGAUUUCAUGCUGUUUAGGUUGUUUACUCACCCCGCAAAUGCCCUAGUGGCGGCGGAGAUGGAUGACGGCGGCGGCCGCGGGGAGGAGGCGGAGAGGUGGCCGUGGUGGGCGGGGGCAAGCGCGGCGCAGGUGGCGGCGGGAGUGGCGUGGUUCCGGGGAGGCAGGGGCGGAACGGCGUUCGCGAUGCCGUUCAAGGCGUUCGCCAUCGCGACCCUCUUUGUCGGCGCCGGCGCCACCGCCGUCACCGCAGGAGUGCUCGCGGCGGGAGUCGGAUCGGUGGACGAGAUGAAGGUCGCGGGCGCGAGCAUCCGGAGGUGGAUGGGAGCUCCUCCUCGCCGAGUGGAGGGAGGAGACUCAUGAGGCCAGCACGCCGCGAGUGCGUGUUCCACUGUAUUGAUGGAUCCAAGCAUUGUAUGUGCUCUAGAUUUUUGCUUAGUUUUUGGCUUCAAAUCCGAGUCCCAAAUUCUCAAAUGUUGAAAUGCCCCGUCUGUUUUGAACUGGAUUACUGGAAUGGAAAAGCAAUAAUCGCCUCGAUACUUUGUUGCAAAAGUUCACACUUC